AUGCUUGAUCCUACUGGUAUUGUUGGCGUCAUCGGAGUGGCCGGCCAAAUCUUGGAGUAUGCCUUCAAGUUUUAUAACAACUGGAAGGAUGCUAAGGCGGAGGCAAAAAGUUUCAUUCUCGAAGUAGCGGCCCUCAAGACCAUCCUACUACAUGUCCAUAAUCUUCUCUCGGACCCGAAAUUUGCAAACGCUUUCGAAGAGGAUUCUUCAGCAUUGCUUUCUGAGCUUGAUCCAGAGCAUGAUGCGGACACCGCUAUCCUCUUGUCUGCCUGUGAAGAUGAACUACAGCGUUUGCUCGCCAAGAUAAAAAAGCGGGCAGAUGCUCAUAGGUUUGGAUGGGAGUGCCUCAAGGCUGCACUUGAUGGCGGAAAAGCGCGUGAAGCUGUCGAAAACCUCCAUCGCCGAUUCCAAACCCUGACCUUGCUCUUCGAACGUGAUCAACUUGCACUUCAAACCAAAACUCUACAGCAAACGAUUGAGGCCAGAGAAGAUCAGAACCGAAACCAUCAAACCCAAGUUCAGAAGCUUUGGUCCAUUGAACAACGGAUGAACGACCAAACCGUGGAGCAGCUCAUCGCUAACCUCAUAAAGCAACUACUCAGCGACAAGUUUCCACCCCCACCUGCAGUCAUGGAUGCCUAUGCUCAACACAAGAAACAUAGAUCACAACCAUCGUUGAGCGAUCUUGAGGCGAUGUUCCAUGCUGUUGCCGCACUGCACAAGGAUGGAGUCUUCGUUAUAGUUGAUGCGCUGGACGAGUGCCAAAUGAGUGACAGUGUUCGUUCCAAUUUCAUUGAAGCAUUGCUGCGCCUUCAGUCGAGGGAAAGUAAUGUCAACAUUCUGGCCACAUCCCGCCCUGUACCUGAUAUCGUGGAAGCCUUUGAUGGGCACUCCCGCCUUGAGAUAGUAGCCCGGAGGGACGACAUCGAGCGAUACAUGCGCAAUCGGAUGUCUACCUUGCGCACUGUUUCAAAGAACCCGGAACUCCAACAUGAGAUCAUCAGUUGCAUUGCCAGUGUCGCAAAUGGCAUGUAA